AUGCACAUUGCUAGACUGGGAAGAGCUGCGAGCUUUAUUCUGCUCACUGCACGAGCAACAGUUCUACAGAGGGGGAUCAAUUUCGGCAGGAGAAGAGGAUUCAGUCAUUCAGUGGGAAUGGCUUCAGAAGGCGCUGCAACUACACAUACACCGGAGGGAAUGCUAUCCGUCGGCCUAGAACCAUUUUGCUUUAGGCAAUUCGAUGAUCCGAAGUACCCGGGAACAGUAAUUCCAAUGGAUAAAGAUAUGUUUAUGAAACAGCUUCACGAGAUCUUGAAGCGAAAAAGCUUGACUCUAGUUGACGGCUACGCCCCUUUUUGCAAGCACCUAUUUAUUGAAAACUUCACAGAAGCUAGAGCCUCUGCGAUCCCAAUUACAGAGGACAAUGUAGGCCAUAUCCGCACGGGGUACUUGGCUCGGAGGCCAGAAGAACUUCCUGUUUUGUCCCGGUGGCUGCCAGCGUCCGUCGUUCGACAUCAAUUGCAUCGUGCUAAAUACCUCGAUCUAAUUCUCUACUCUCGGGAGCAAAUCGCUAAAGAAAAUGCUGCAAUGACAAAGAGUGAAGUCCUUAUCGAUCCAACCAAGCCUGAGUGGUUCAUAGUGUCUAUUAAGGCACAAGAUGAACCGUUUGAGCUUCCUAUGAACCCUAUAACGAUCAUGCGGAAUGCGCUCAUAGAGGAGGGAGGCAGCGGCGUGUCCAUAAAUCGCGAAGCUUACGCGCGCUCGGUGGAAUACUGGAGUAACCAUGUGGUGGUGCAAGAGGACUGA